GAAACUUUUUUUUUUUACGAGUAGGAGGAGGACUCGGGUUACAAAUAACUCUUGUAACCGAUCUCACUGCAGCCGAGAGAAGAAAACACUCUUUCAAUUAUUUACACAUCUGUGUCUGAUACCCCGGUUACAAACUUACAGAACAAGAAGGAGCUGCGAGGGGAGGACGGGUUUCUUUAUCGCACAAACAGCGGAGCUCCAACAAAACAAGCGAACAAACAAAACAUGCUGUGAAUGGACUUUUCCCUGCGCUGCCAGGAUGAAGACUUGAGAUAUUUAGUUCAGAUUAACUUGUCAUCUCGUUGGCUGACCACUCCUGUGUCCCGCUGAGGUGAGAGAAAGACUUGACCAUGGACUCCUUCAGCACCAAGAGCUUAGCCCUGCAGGCGCAGAAGAAGCUGAUGAGCAAGAUGGCCACCAAGAGCAUGGCCAACCUCUUCAUCGAUGACACCAGCAGCGAAGUGUUGGACGAGCUCUACCGUGUCACCAAGGAGUACACCCGCAACCGCAAAGAGUCGCAGAAGAUCAUCAAGAACUUGAUCAAGAUGGUGGUGAAGCUGGGAGUGCUCUACAGAAACAACCAGUUCAACAGUGAGGAGCUGAUCCUGGUGGAGAACUUCAGGAAGAAAGUCCACACUCUGGCCAUGACGGCGGUCAGUUUCCACCAGAUUGAGUUCACCUUUGACCGGCGCGUCAUGAGCGCUAUUUUGAAUGAUUGCCGUGAGCUGCUGCACCAGGCCAUCAAACGCCACCUGACAGCCAAGAGCCACUCGCGAGUCAACCACGUGUUCAAUCACUUCGCUGACUGUGACUUCCUGGCGUGUCUCUACGGGCCCUCGGAUGUUUACCGUGCCCACCUGCAGAGGAUCUGUAACGGGGUCAACAAGAUGCUUGAUGAAGGGAACCUCUGACCUCCACUGGCCUCGUCAUCAGGCACCUUCACCUCUAGUCACCCCUCAUGUACCAUCUUGCAAUAUUUCUUUUUAAGGUGACAUGAACGUUUAUGUUUUCCAUUUGUUGCUUUAUGUUUGUGUGCCUUUUUUAGCCAUUACUGUAACACUGAAAGAAUCUCGGCUAGUUAGUCCAAAGUCUGUUUCUUCUCCAGUCUGACUUUUUGUUAUUUCACAGUAAACCCAGCAGAUGUUUUAUUUUAUUAUUUUUAUUGAAUUUAAAACUUCAUGCUCUUAUCAGUAUAUAUUUAGGGAUAGGAGCCUUGACAACUGUGCCUUGAAAAAACAUUUUUGUCUUCAUUCCAAGGGCACUAUGCUUGCUCUUUCAAAAAGACAUGAAUCAGGCACAUGCCUUCAGUCAUAUCUCUAUGAGGAGCUUUUAAUGGACCAAAAUGGUUUUGGGGGCACCAGGAGAGGUGAAAAAAAAGAAGUGAAUUUCCAUCUUUUCCAAAUACCCAAGGACAUAAAGAAGUGAUAUUUUGUUUGUUUUUUCCAAAAGUAGUAUUGCACUCAAUUCUGAACAAGCGCUGUACUGUACUUUCCUGCAAUAAUGAAACCAUGUGAAAAACUGCAGUUGAGUAAUCCUGCUUAGCCUGCAUUUUACAGCUUUCACCAUAAUGCACUGAACUCCACUUUGUAGAGAGGCCAGGCCUUUUGUUAGAAGGCACCUAUAAACCCAGUUUUUACUUUUUAUAGUCUGGUUUAUAGCCACGACAACAAAGACGACAUAUUUGGGUCAUAGGGGGACCAUAAACAUGAAGGAAUUUGAUUGUGCUGUGUAUUGUUAAAUGUGUUGCAGGCUAUAUGCUCAUCUGCUCAGCAAACUUCAAGAUUGUGUCUAUAAAUGUCAUAAUCACAGCAGGGAAGUAGCACAAUGUGGCACCAGCUGCAAAGGUUGCUCUGGAAUUUUUUCAGAGCGGAAUAAAGCGCGAUCACGGUUGAAGUCAUAAUAGAUGUUGGAGCCCAGGGUCAGUUGUGUUUCAGAUUUACCGGUAUUGCCUCAGGUUUAUCCAAAAAGCACUAAAACUCUGGUUUGAAUUCUGACAGAUUUGAACUAAAACGACUCCCUAUGAGCAGUCAGAUGAAAGCCUGGAUGAAAAACUGCAGCUCUGUCUAUGAAAAGGGCCAGGCAGGGUAUAGAGAUUAGAGCAGAGACAAACACAGUACCUGAUUGUACUCUCCCACUGCAAUUACAGUUCCGCACUCUGGGGUGGCAUAAUGGCCCGGAGCCUGCCUCUGUCGAGCAGCCACUCCAUUUUACCACACAGCAGCCAAUGUGAUGGAGAUAACCAUCUCUGUUUGCGCAAUGCAAGUCCUUUUAAUGGAGUGAAAAAUGUUGUUGUUGUUGCUUCCUAAUAAAGGAGAAUAUGAAUAGUUACUACUAUACCUCCCAUCCGAACCUCACAGAAUAGCUGUUUUUCCUUUUUGUCUAUGUGUUUUUGUAUCGCUGAGCCUUUCUGGGAGAUUGUUUUGUGCUGCGGACUCAUUUUGUAUUCUGUGUGAGAGUGUGAGUGUUUGUGUGCGUACCUGUGAGAGAAUUGGAAAUUGAGCCGUGUAAUAAGCGCUGUGCUUUUCCAGAUAGGAUUGCUGAAACUUUAACUUCAUCCACAGCAGCUCUGCCAAAGAAACAAAGAGCGAUGUUCCUCAAAAUGCAAUCGUUCUUCCAGAGGAACAUUUCAGAUAAGAGUAUGCACUUGAUAAUUAUAACUCUGGUAACGAUGAUAAUGAAGACAAAGCUGGUGGCUGGUGUGGUUUCGGCCCUUUUUUCUUUAUUCACAUUUUUUAUUCUUAGAUGACUUCCUGAGUAUAUUCUCUUUUGUUAGACCCAAUUGACUCUCACUGCAUCAUUUUGGGAUGCCUCGAAGUCAGUCAUUUUCCCUAAAUCCCCCCAAAGCAGUUGACUUUAAUUCUCUUUGGAUGCCAUUUUCUCCAAUCCCUCCACAUCUCAGGGUUAGUUUGAAUCUCCCUCGGUUUUAAAUUCAUGACACACUAAGUACAAAUCGCCACGGAUCUCUGCAACAGCCUCACUUAUUUUACUAAGUCCCACAACUAAGCAUACUUAUCAUGUUGCAUUUCUACUAUUGUAAAUUGUGAAUCAUUUUUAUUUUCACUUAUGUACAUAUUGUUUUUGUGUCCCUGUAUUGUAUCCAGACGCAACAAAUAUAAUACAAUUUACUUUUUUUAAAGAAUACAUUUCUUGUCCUUUUUUGCUCCUCAAUCAAGUACAGAGCAUCUUCCCAUCAGUAUGUCGGAUGGUGGAAUUUUCCAGGCCAGAUCAGAGGGUAAUCUGACCAUGUCUGACCUGGAUUUAGUCGACCAAAUCCCUUUCCUCCUGCUCCCGGCAUUGUUAGGAAGCCAUGAAAGCAAACACAAACCCAUCUGACUGACAAACAAUUGAACUUUGGGUCGUUUCUUUCCACUUCCUGCAGGCCCACGCCACGGUCAAAGGUAGAACAGGAUAUUAGUAAGAUGGAAAGACUUCUUGCUUCUGUUUUUGGAAACCUCAACACUCAGCUGCAGUUUAAUUUCAAGUGUUGCAUGAGUACCACUCCCCCGGUUUGGGUUUAAUCUAUCAUUAACUUUGCCACUUUUCAGACUUGGGAAUGAUAAUUUGGUCUGUAGCACGUCUGCAGAUCCUCCUGCAGCACAGCCUGAAAGGCUACUGCAGUACCAAGUGCCCAAUUAUCAUCUAAUGGUCAUGCAUUUUUUUUUUUUUUUUUGUGAAUGCACCCUUGAGUUCAGAGAGUAAUGCUAUGACUAAUCUGGGAUGUGAGUACAGUCACGUCUUAUUGUCUCUAUGUGUACAUCUAUCUCUUCUUAUUUGACUGCGAUGUCAAAUAAAGCAAAAACGUCCUGACCUCAA